UUAUAUUAGUGCAGAACACUGUACCUUUAAUUUAAAUGCCCUUGGAGUCUGCUGGGGAAGAGAAAUAAUACUGUCAGUCAGUAUGACAUGCAGAUGAGUGCCGUCGAUCUUAGAAUCACCGCACACUUCACUCAUUUGGGCAGUCACGGGGCCAAAACCAGAGUGUGGAGCCACAGUGUGGCGGUGGAGGCAGCAGCAAUGGGAGGCCAUACAGCACCCUAUGACAAAAUGGAACCACCACCAGCAGUGUGAGGAGACCUGAAAGUGGCACAUGGCAGAGUGUGGCGAUGGAGACAGCAGCAAUGGGAGGCCGUACAGGGACCCAUGACACACUCUGGACCUGGCAGCAGCAUGAGGAGGCGGUACAGGGGCCCAUGACAGAUUACGGGCCUGGCAGCAGCAUGAGGAGGCGGUACAGGGGGCCCAUGGCAGAGGAUGGAUCUGGGCAGCAGUAUGAGAAGGCGGUACAGGGGCCC